GCUCAGGCAGCGAACAUUCGAAUGUGUGCAGCUCUGGGUGGGACAGCGGGCGGGGACUGCGAGUUCUACGCCACUUAACUGCUGAAAUGUGAUGGACCUGGGAGGGGAAGGCUCAGACUUCAUCCAACUUCGCAAGAGUUGAAGGCUCAGAGGCUCCAAAGAGGAGCGUGAUUGAAGCGAGAUCUCCGAGUGACCAAAGCCAACCAGCACUUUUUUUUUUUUUUUUUUUUUUUUUUUUUCCUGUUUUACGCUUUCGCUUCGGGAGUCCCAAAGACAAGGAUCCUCCUAGACCCGCCAUCCCCGGAACGGCUCCUCUUCGUCUAUAUCAUGUCCAGGGCUCCCGGGACUCAACUGGGAAAGAGCUUGCUGAGCUGAACUUCUGACGGACGGACUGCUCCGCCAGUCCACUGUGGAUCUAAUGACAACGCAAAGAUACGCGCGGCUCGCGGCUAGAACUUUGCAUUAGGAGGGGCGGCCCUUUCUGCGGGAGACCCUUUCUGCCGAGGGUCUUAUCUCCUUGGCGUCGGCCUUUUUUUUUGGAUUUGCCUCCGAGUAUCUCCGCGAGCUCCCAGUCCUGGAAGAAAGGGGCAGAAUCCUCUGCGCCCACCGAGCCCGGAAGAUGGGAAGCAAGGCUCUGCCCGCACCCAUCCCUCUCCACCCCUCGCUGCAGCUCACCAACUACUCCUUCCUCCAGGCUGUGAACACCUUUCCGGCCGCCGUGGACCACUUGCAGGGCCUGUACGGGCUCAGCGCAGUGCAGACCAUGCACAUGAACCACUGGACGCUGGGCUACCCCAACAUGCACGAAAUUACUCGUUCCACCAUCACGGAGAUGGCUGCGGCUCAGGGCCUGGUGGACGCCCGCUUCCCCUUCCCGGCCCUGCCCUUCGCCACCCACCUCUUUCACCCCAAACAGGGGGCCAUUGCUCACGUCCUCCCGGCCCUACACAAAGACCGGCCCCGAUUUGACUUUGCCAACCUGGCCGUGGCCGCCACGCAGGAGGACCCCCCCAAAAUGGACCUGACCAAGCUGAGCCCGGGCUUGGGCAGCCCCAUCUCGGGCAUCAGCAAAUUGACUCCAGACAGAAAACCCUCUCGGGGGAGGUUGCCUUCCAAAACGAAAAAAGAGUUUAUCUGCAAGUUCUGUGGCAGGCACUUUACCAAAUCCUACAACUUGCUCAUUCACGAGAGGACCCAUACGGACGAGCGGCCUUACACUUGUGAUAUCUGCCACAAGGCCUUCCGGAGGCAAGAUCACUUGAGGGAUCACAGGUAUAUCCAUUCCAAAGAAAAACCCUUCAAAUGUCAGGAAUGUGGGAAAGGAUUUUGUCAGUCUAGGACUCUGGCGGUUCACAAAACUUUACACAUGCAGGAAUCUCCACACAAAUGCCCCACAUGUGGAAGAACCUUUAAUCAGAGAAGUAAUCUGAAAACUCACCUUCUCACCCAUACAGACAUCAAGCCCUACAACUGCGAGCAGUGCGGCAAAGUGUUCAGGCGAAACUGUGAUCUGCGGAGGCACAGUCUGACCCACACCCCGCGGCAGGACUUCUAGAGAAGCCAAGCAUCUGGUCCCCUCUCCCCACCCUUGCCUGCCUCCCCCAGCCAGGCCCUCCUCGGGCCUGAACUGUCCCCGACCGACCCCAACUCGCCCCCUGCAGCUGCACCUGCAGCUUAUGAGCUUAAUAACUCUUCUGGCGGACUCAAACUAUAAUAGAAACACACACACACACACAUACCGCCACUACACAGCUAUACAAAGAGCGUAUGCUAGUCUCUUGUAGGUAUUCACAGCUCAUUUUAGAGCUCUGUACAUAAUGUUGUGAGGGGGGUUGUUUUAUUGUUUCUGGGGUUUUUGUUUGUGCAGUUGUGUUUUUGGGUUUUUUCGUUUUUUUUGUUUCUUUGGUGGUAUCUUGUCAAAUGCACCUGGACAAGGAAAAUAGAAGUCAAAUUUAUCUUUAAAAACUGUAUUUCAAAAUAAAACAUUUUUUCCAAC